UAACGAAGUGCUAGUUUCAGGUGAUUUUAGUGAUUGUGUUUAGUGUUUUAAAUUGGAAUGCCAUUUUGUGUUUUAACCGGAUAGAGAUCGAGGAGGUUAUGCAGAAGAAGGCGCCAGGGGUGCCUAGCAGUUUCACAAAUCAACGUCCUCAACCAACUGCGAGCUCCGAAUUGACGAGGAAGGGAUUUUCGGCGAAUUUCUUCAGGACUACAUUUAGCUCUCGCGUGAAGGCGGUACCGACCGCCGCUUCUACUGUCGCAGAAACUACCAAAAUAGGCAGCGCGGAGACCAAACCUAUUACAAGAAAUAGACCUAGGACAGUACCCCCGCCGGAACAAUCAACACUAAAAAGGAGUACAUUACGUACUAAGACAGCUCCCAAGCGACUUGAAAAGCCUGCUGAUCCGGAGCGAUCAUUGGCCAGAAGUCAGCUAACUCCCGAUCCUGGAGGAUCCGACAAACAAGACUUGAAAAGUCCUAAUGUAGUCCUGCAAAUAGUCAGACAGUCAAGCAAACCGCUAGCGGCAAAACCACCUCAAAAAUUAAAAAAAAGUGACAGCAUUUUACCGCCAUCUUUAAAACCUCGCGCUCCGGAAAAACCUAAAUCAAAAAUCAAAACUAUCAACAACAACAAUGUCUGGACUAAUGCAAACGAUACUAAAAUUGUUGGAAAGAAACUGCUGGUACAGCCCUUAAGAGGACCAAGCCAAGGCAAGCAAGAGCCGGCACUCAAAGGCGCUCCAUCAGUAUCGAGUCUCGAUUCCAAGCAUCAUAAGGUUGCGCCCACGCGUGAUAAGUCUUUAAAGAUCUUCGGGUCUAAAGAGAAGCUUCAUAAGGCGCAUAAGAAGAAUUUAGGGAACAAUAAUGCUGUAGUUGAAGAGGGGGAGGGGGAGUUUGAAGAUGCGCGGGGGCCGUAUGAUAGCGCCGAGGAGCUGUCGCGGGGGUCGCAGGAGUGCGUGAGCUUGCCGGUGAUGCUGAAUGCGGAAAUGCCGGGCUUCCAGGAGGUGGAGCUGCGACCGAGAUUGCCGUCUGAGGCAUCACUAGCGUCAGGUGCCCGAGAACUGGAAACUCUUCGUCGGGAACUAGAAGCAAGCGUCAUGGAACGCGCUCAACUUCAGGCAAGGGUCGAAGAGUUAGUCGAAAGAUGCAAUGAGACAGAACGGCUACGCUCCCAACUGGAAAGGCUUAAGAUGGCAGAAGCGGAGCGGGAAGCGGCGCUGGAGCGUUUAGCGGACGAGAACGGAGCGUUGCGCGCGCGGCUGCGCGGCGUUGCGCACUCUCCGCUAUCAGACAGUGAGAAAAGGCAGCUGCUGUUAGCGCCGGCGCCGAGGAGGAUGCACUCUUCGGCGCCUGCAUCUAUCGCCCUCGCGCACAAUGGUGAGGGCGAUAGUGGGGACGCGAGCACCCCCGAAUGGGACAAACAUUCUUCUUCAUCGCUCAGUGAGGUGUCGGUCGCCUGCCUUCAGGAUCGCAUUCUGCAGAUGGAAGAGCACCACUAUAGUACAAGCGAAGAGCUCCAAGCGACACUAGCCGAACUAGCCGACCUGCAGACACAGCUGGCCGACGCGCACGCCGACAACGAGCGGCUGGCCGACGAGAAGCAAGUGCUGCUCGAGUCGCUAUGUCGGCAGACCGAGAAGUUGGAGGACAGUCGCACUAAGGUGGACACUCUUCAGGAAAUGCUGCUUCGCGAAGGCGUGGAACCGGAGGCACUGGUUUCUGGAGACACCGACCAGCAACUGCUGGCAGUUCUCAAGGUGUCCCAGGAAGAGCGUAGGUUGCUAAUCACCAAACAAGAGCAGCUGGAAGCAGAGCUAGCCGAGACGAAGACUUCGUUGGACGAGAAAACCAAAGAAAACGAAUCGCUCGCUGAAAGGGUCCGAACAUUAGAAAGCACAGUGGAACGUUGCGAGGCGGAGCGACUACAGUGGGAGCACGAGGCGGGCGCGGCGCGCGAGCUGGCGGGCGCGCGGCAGACACAGCUCACGUCGCUCGGGGAACUGCUGGACCAGGCUAAGGCUAAGUUGGCAGGGUGCGCGGGCGCGGCGGAGGGUUGCGCGGAGGCGGAGGCGGCGGCGGCGGCGGCGCGGCGCGAGGCGGACGCGGCCGCGGCGCGCGCGCACGCGCUGCACGAGCGCCUCGCGCACGCGCAGCGCCAGCUCGACCGCGCGCACAGCGACGCCAGGAAACUGCACGACGACGCGCUGGUAUCCCGCAACAAUGCCAAGUCGACGAUCUCGGAGCUAGAGUUUCAGCUCGAACAACUCCGGCAAGAAAAAGCUGCGCUUCAAGCCGAACUACAGACUGCUCAGGACGCCACCGCAGAAUUACAAAUACAGGUGCAAGUGGCGAGCGACGAGAAACUAGCGUUAAUGAGCAGAGCGGGUGAAGCGUUAGCGCAUGCAGCCGAAGUAGAUAGGCAGCUCACGGACGCCCGGGCACGGAACGCGCAGCUCGCGAGGGAGCGGGAGAGAGACGAAGCGGAAUGGAAGCAGUUCCAGUCGGACCUGCUGAUGACGGUGCGCGUGGCCAACGACUUCAAGACGGAGGCGCAGCGCGAGCUGGAGCGCCUCGUGUCCGACAACAAGGCCGCCAGGGACCGGAUCAGGGCGCUGGAGGACCAGAUACAUUCGCUCAAAGGUGUUGACAGAUCAGUCUCAAUGGAUAGCGUCAUCUACUCAGAUGACGACAAAUCUAGUGAGUUCAGAGACUCCCAAAGCGAUAUAUCCAACAAAGACAUAUUCAGUAAUAUCAGAACGAGAUAUCUAUCCAGGGUCCAUAGCGUGUCUGACCCUAGUGUUAAAGAUACGAGUAUAGUCAAUCAGGCGUUCUAUAAAUCCAGUGUUCCCGAGGCAAAGAAUGAAGGAAUUAAAAUUGAAAUUGAUAAUGUUACGACAGAUGAAACAAAUGAUGAUGAUAAAGGUUGUUUAAACACAGACACAUUUGAAAAUGGUGAAGAUAUAAAAGUUAGUAAGCUAAAGAGGCAAGAUGCUGUUGAUGGUGCUGCAGAUAAAAUUAAAAGGCAAGAUGCUAUUGAUAUUGCUGCUGAAAAGGUAAAAAGGCAAGACACGUUUGAUAAUGCAGAUGAGCCAGAAAUAUUUAAAGAAUUUAUAGUUCCUAUUGUUACUAUUGAUAAUCCUAAAGAUAAAACCAAAUCUGAAUCCUAUGAAGUUAAACCUAGAGAUGGUACUAUUUUUAGUACAAACCUAAGAGGCGUUUAUAAUGGUAAACCAAAAGCUUACAGUCUAGAUAAUCUACACAAUCAUGGUGAAUUUAGAACAUCAUUAAAAGAGGCUACUAGUAUAGAGUUUUUAGGUGGUUCUAAUUAUAGUGAGACGUCACUAUUUACUGAAGGCUCUGAUAGCGUGUUCCUUUCACCUCUUGAGAAAAACAAUACAUUUGUAAGUGAUCACGUAGACCUAACACCGGAACCAAAACCGGUUUUAGAUAAAACAGUAGAUACGGAAAGUAUCAAUGAUAUACCAGUUGUCAAAGCAGCAUCUAUUCUUCCUUUCCCGUAUCCUAAUUAUAUAAAAACAUCUCGAACUAACCCGUUUCUACCAUUUAUUCAAGACGUUAUCCCUAAAGUUACUGAAGUUAAAGAAAAAAAUGUCGUUGACAAAUCAGAUCCCAUUUCAGACCCAAAAAUAGUUCCUGAAGACCCAGUUGAAAAAGAAUUUAAAAAAGCGAAUGAAGACCUUAAAUUGACAUUUCGCUCGGCGAUUGAACGAAUUAUUAAAAGUGGUAGAACUGCGAAAAGACCUUCGAAAGAUAUAGGCACAGAUAAAGAUGUUCAAACUAUUGCCGCUGUUAGUAAGAAUACAAGAAAAACAGAUAAUCAGAGAUGUGAUUCUCCCAUAAUAGCUAAAAUGGAGUUAAACAACAAUAUGCAAGAAAAGGAAAGGGAUUUUGAUAUGAUAGAUUCAAAUGUGCCAAAAACAUCUAAGCUUGUAGAAACAAAAAGUUCAGAAAAUAAAAAUCCAUUUAUAGAAGUUACAAAUGAACCAGCCCGAAAUGAUUCUGAGGUCGGAGCAACAGUUGAUGAUAACAUUAGUUAUCAUUUAAAAAUAAACACUCUUAAUGAUGCUUCCUUUGAAAAACCUCCAGAUGCUACUGUUGUUCGUAACAUUACCCCUACUUCCACUGAAAAGAAGCAUGAAAGAAUAAAAGGCUUCUUAACUCCUAUAAAAAUCGUCGAUGGUAAUAUUAGUCUACAAAGCAGUAAUGCGUCGUCUCCCAUCGUAAUAAGUCCAGUUUUAAUUCAACCAAUCUUCUUUAGACCAAAUUUCACUCCAGUUGAAGUUAAACAAGAAAGCAAAAAAGCAACCAUUUACUUUGACGACACAGACCAAGUUCGGGCUGAUAAGGAAAAGGAUCCUAAAAGUCCAUUAAAGGGCGAUGACUGUCAAAAGAAAAAGGGGCUAUAUCAAAAGAAUUCAAAGUCAAGAUUGCCUUUUCUGUCUUGGAAAACGUUUGGAUCAAAUGAAAGCAUAUCAGAAUCUAAAUUAUCCCCGACCAAAAUCAAACCUUCUGAAGUUAAAAGUGUCGCUAAGUUGCUUAUUAAGCCAGAUUUUCUUAUUGACAAUAAAUAUUAUCAGCCAGUACGGAAUGUUCCUUUUGUCAUCAAUACUUCUCAGUCUCUGGCAUCAACCGUUUCUAGAGUAGAACCUAAGAGAACAGAGAAUACCAAUCCAUUUUUACCACUGUCACAUCGAAGACAAUCAUCCGAGCUAUCAACAGAAAACUAUUACGAGGAAAUAGGAGAACCUACCAUACCAUUUACCGUUGAAAAUAACGUUGCUGAUGAUGAUAAAAUUAACAAUAACCUUGCCAAAACCGAUCUAGCUAACAUCCCAAGAGAAGAUAUAUUAAUCGUACCAAGAAGACCUAAAAGACCUAAGAAAGAGAAGCGUGUCAAUCCAAAAAUAAUACUUACACAAGAGAACGAAGAACCUACCGAUAUUCGUAAGGAGAUGGCUCAAAUAACGAAAUCCGUAAUAUCACUAUCCAGGUCCCCCAGUGCAAAGGAACUGACUAAAAAACCUAUCGGACCUAUAAGUGAAAUUAUUCAUAACCUAGAAACACUCCCAGCGUCUGACGCUCCUAGAAAGCUGUCUUUACAAGGUCAGAAAGCGCCCACAAUUGAGCCUAACUUCGGUUCUUUGCCUCGCGAAAUAAAGACGUACCACUGGAAGACCCUGGAGCACAAAAGACUGUCGCACCCGAUCAGGUCUCUGAAUGACCCGCUGCCGGCGCGACCGCUACCGAUGCCGCCCAGAACAGAGGAGCCUCCGCCUCCCCCGCCGCUGCUGACCAGUGCUUCGCUACAAGACAUCAUGGCGACCGCUGCGUCACACCGGCGGACCAAGGGCGUGUCUCGCCAAGACUCCCGGCUUUCGGUAAAAUCACUCAUCGAGAGUAUAGAGAAUGCGGCUAAAGCCGCGAAGCAGUCGCCAGCCACAACUCCGGUUACGGAGUGGCCUACGGUCCCCCCUCCACCGGCAGCCUCCCCCACCAACCCGAUCAAGAACGGCCUCCCGGAGCCGGCGGCGCCGCCCACCAACGGCAUCAACUACGCCAAGCCCCCCGCGCCCCGCGCCGCCCGCGUCUCGCCCGGCGCGGCGAGCGCCAACAUCCCGGACGAGCAGCGCGCGCUCUCACUGCAGCAGAAGGCCAUCGAGAGCUUCGUGCGCCGCAACAGCUACGGGGACAUAUGUGAACGAAAGGACCCGCUGAACGCGCUGCAAGUCAAAAACGGCGGCUCCAAAAGGAACGCGCUCCUCAAGUGGUGCCAGCAGAAGACGGCCGGAUAUAGUAACAUUGACAUAACUAAUUUCAGUUCAUCGUGGAAUGACGGCAUGGCAUUAUGCGCCUUGCUACACUCUUACCUCGGCGAAGCGCGCAUCCCUUACGCGGCGUUGUCCCCGCACGACCAGCGCACCAACUUCAGCGUAGCCUGCGCGGCCGCUGAGGCUGUUGGCAUUCCCACCACGCUGAACAUACAAGACAUGAUCCAGCAGGAGCGACCCGACUGGCAGCAGGUCAUGGCUUACGUGACCAGCAUCUACAAACACUUCGAAACGUAACUCUACACCUUAUUCCUUACACUAUAGAAUUCAUAAUCAUUAAAACACUAUGCGGAGUUGUGACUUUUUAGACACGACACAUAACUAUCGUAUAAGUACAGAAACUUCGAAAUGCAACUUUAUACGAUAAGACUAUUUAGAACUUAUAUACGGUCGCUUCUUCGCCAUUUUAGGUGUCGUAAAAAAUACGAAGUCUUGUCAGAGGUAAACCAGUCUUGUAGUGAAUAUAUAUGUGACGUUUUCAACCAAAAGGUACCACAUUGUUGCUUGUUGGUAAGGUUUAUUUCUAAUUGAAGCUAUAUGGAAAUAGCGCCUUACUGACAAGCGACAAUAAGUACCCUUUUGGUUGAAAAUGGCACAAAUUACUACGAUUGAAAGUAUAUGAAUUCAUUAAUUUAUACAUUCAGUAUUUGAAUGUUGAAUCAUUUUAUUCGAUUAGGUAUAAAUUCCGCGAUGAUAUCAAUACUUUUCUAAUUUACUGAAGUAACUUCACAUGCCAUUUUUUAAACGAUGUUUAUGAAAUAAAAAGUGCCGUAAGAAGGUUGUAUUGACAUUCCUAGACUAGGAAGUAAGUCAAGUUAGUGUGAUAUUGAUAUGCAGCGAUUGCCGAGUGACUUGUAUUUGCCUUACUUAUAAUGAAACUGAAAUGAGUAAUUGUUGAUGUCAACUUUCGAACCCCAUCGUAUUUAAGAAAGACAAAAUUUCAAACUUUAUUCGAUAACUUUUUCACGUCAUUUUUGAAUCCACCUGCGGUUAUGACACUGACGCGUAUCCGCAGGCAGUUGCGGUGUACGAGUAAGACAGCAAUAUAAUAUAUUUAUCUGGGUCGGGUGAACUCAAACGACUCAAAAUAAUAAUAAAAACUUAUAUUUUUGAAAAAACAUAUGAAAUUACAUAGUGUCACAUAGUACGUCCGAAAUCAGUCUCCGAAUCUCCGGUUACCAUUUUAAAUCUGCCCAUAGCGUUUGGCGAUCUCUUUCGCACGGACUACUCGGCAUCACACUCUCUCAUUCACACAUCGUUCAUUCAGCAGUUCGUUCUCUGAUUCCAUAGACAGAGUAUAUACAAGUAGUUAUAGACGCGCCACCGAGCGACCGGGGGUAAGAGAAAGAAUAUUCAUAUAAAAUUUGGGCAGCAUAGGAUUUUUUCUCAUUCACUCUUAUAAAUUUCGGUAUUUCGCCAUCGCCUCCUACCUAUGAUGCCACCCGGUCGGUGAUAAGGACAAAGCAUGGCACUAUUUUCUCUUUCCCCUUAUAGGAAUCGCAAUAAGACUAUCUUUCUCUAUCAAAGAGUGUCAGGCCCUUGUCUGAUUCAUUCUUUCACUCCCUACGUUCCAAUCCGCGCAUCCUACAUCGCACAGCCGUGGCCUCACUAUACAAACAUGUAUCUACUCUAUACUAGUGUCUCUACUCUAUAGUUAUGUAUGUAGCACUGCACGCACACCGAAGCGGCGUGCGGGAUCCGCAUCCAAUUCCCAUUCAUCUUAUCCAUCCAUCCCAUCUUAAUAAUUACUUACGUUUUCUAUAUACUCUUAUUCCUUGAGCCACACUGAACAGGUGCAAGAGAUGAUAUCAACAAUUAUUAAUACUCUAAAUGGCCUUGAAAGCGUGAUAUUGAGAAGUGCUGAGGAAUUUUUGAAGCAUCCGUCUUUCCAUGCUAGAAGACUGAUUGGUUAGCUAAGGUUAGAAGGUUAGAACGUUAGAACAGCUAUCUACGUUUUGUGACUUAGAUUAUUAGCAAAAAUCGGAGAAUUUUCCUUUAAAACGAGUAAGAGCGUUUUCACAUUAUCCGAUCCGAUAAUCGAUAUCGGAUGUCGGAUACGACUAUAAAGAAGUAAAAUGUAAAAAAGUGCCUUUCGAAUCGGACAUUGUAAAAACGCUCUACUAACGUCCUAUAGAUAGGACGCGUGAUUUUUUUAAUAAAUACAGGUCUGUAUUGAUAUUUUAAACACAUUUUUGCUCAUAAUCUUUUCUACAAAACUAUUUUCUGGAAUUCAAGUAGUAAUGAUAAUGGAUUGAUGGCCUUAAGAUUGCAUUUAGUAUAUUUUUCCACUUUAUAGUAAUGUAUCUUAGUAGGUAUAUAUUCCAAUAUGCGUAUUAUAUAAUUAGCUAUAAUCCGGCUAAUCUAUCUAUCAAAGAUUUGUAAAAGAGGUGUCAAGUCUUAUGAAAUAUCCGUGCAUCGAAUUUGACAGCUGAAGUAGGCGCUGUAUGGCUCCGUACAUUAAACGGUCAAUCUGAUUGUCAAAAGUUGACAAUUGACAUUUAACUACCACAAAACAUAAUUAUGGUGCUGUGUAGUGCCAUCUAGUUAAGCUGUCAAAAUCAUGGCCUCGAUUUUUACGACUGUACUCUUCUACUAUCAAGAAAUCUUUCCUUUCUAUGUUAGUAUAUUAUAAUAUAAUCAUCUUUGUAGUCAAUGCUAUCAUUUUGUUUUUUCAUCAUUUUAAAAUCUAAUAGUAAAUACCAGAAAUCAACCUGGGUAUACCUAAUAAUAAAGUAUAUAUGUUUAAUCUACAAGUUUCUGCUUAUUUUUUGACGAAACAAAAUGAUAGCGUUGAUACGUAUUCCUUAAUAUUUCUAAGAUAUUGGUAGUAAAUAUAAAGUCAUAUAUUUUGCCUAAGCUAUACGCCAAUAUACAUAUGUAGAUAUUUUUAUAAUCGCUUUCAUCAUUGUACAUGUAUUUUUCUAUUACUCUUAGAUAUACGUCAUACCUAUAAUGUCUUUCAUUAUUAUGUGUAUUCGUGUUUUGUAUCCAUGUAUUAUGAAAUAUCUAACCUUUAAAUUAUACCUUAAGUCGCUGAAUUACGGUUGAAUUUCUCCUACUGCGUGAAUACAGUCGCCAUCGGAUAUAUCGGAGCGGCCGACGUGCUCAAAAAUAUCUGAACACGCACUCUAACGCCUUGGCGUUAGUGAGUGAGCACCUUGGCCGCUCCAAUAUAUCUGAUGGCGACUGUAGAUAAGUUAAUAACACAGCUAAAACCUAAUAUAGACUCUCUUCCAUAGAGUUCAUAACUCAUCUUUAAUAUCCGUAUUCUUGUAGGUACUUUAUACGGUUCAUUCAUAAAAUUGGACUUGACCAAUCACAGAUGAGUUUAUAUCGAACAUAAAAUGCUGUGAUUUGAUUGGUUGAAAUGAAUUAUAAUUUAAAAUUAAUUUAGCACGAAUGAGUGAAUGUUUUUAUUAUUAUGUACGUAUGUAUGCACGUAUGAGAUAAUGUUUUAUUGAAUAUGCAUGACUCGAUUGAUUUUGCCGAUUGUAUUUUAUUGUGAACGUGAUAUUUUUAUGAAUUGAACAGCAACGGGCGAUUUUUACAAGUUUGAACGUUAAUUCCGUAUUAUAAAGUCUUUAAUGCAAAUAUAUUAUGUAAAAGGCAAUACAUAUACUUUUUGCAACAAGUGAGUUCUCUAUUAACGAAAUAUUUCUUAAACUUGUGGUUUAGCAAACAUUAUUUGGCGAGAAUACUAAAUAUAACGAAAUAUUUUUCGUCACUAGCCUGAAGAAAGCUUAUUAUUAAUUCUAGAAACAAUUAUUAUUGAAGUUUUUCGUUAAUUGGGAAAACUUGAGAUUUAAUUCGAUCUCUGUUGCGAAUAUUAACAAUGCUUCCGAACGGAAGAUAUUUAACUAUUAUGAGGGUAAUAUUAGGCUUGGUUACCUUUGUUUGUUGAAUGUAUUUAGAACUAUUAAUUAUCUAUUUUGAUAUGAUUGUACCUGUGUAAAUAUAACCUAAUUAAAGUUCCUUAUUUAUAAA